AUGAAGUUCCUCACCUCCGUCGCUCUCUUGGCCACCGCGGCUGUCGCCGCUCCAUCCGACAAGCUCUUCAACCUGAAGACCUCCGGUGCCUCCAACAGCACCCACAACGAUCUCUACCUCACUGUCGGCCGCGGCGUCGUCCCAGACCCCCUCAACAGCGAAGCCGUCUUCUCCGGUGUCGCCGCCAACCGCGCCGCAACCUUCUACUUCGCCAACAGCACCAUCUACUGGAACGCUCACUCCUCGGCUCCCUACGCCCUGGACCUCAUCAACGUCGACGGUGUCCGCAAGGAGCGCGCUCAGAUUAGCGUCGACCCCACCCACGGCUCCAAGGGCUUCUCUAUCACCCCAGAGGGCGUGAAGGGACCCAGCGAGACCUGGGAAGGAUGGUUGUGGUGCCCCGUCGACGCCGAGGCUGGCCAAUUCUUCCCCAACCUGCACUUCCUCAACAAGAACGUCCAGGAGCCUGCCGUGCCCGCUGGUUGUGACAAGAUCAACCUGCAGGCCGUGCCCAGGUCCUAG